AUGGAAAACUUGAAUGACGAUAGCUCGAUAUAUACUCCUCAAGUAUCAGAUGAGUUGAGGCCAAAAAAGGGGCAAGAAUUUGACAUAAUUGAUAAUGUUGUGACAUUCUACAAUGCUUAUGCAAAAGCAGCUGGGUUUAGUGUAAGGGCUUGGACUACUCAGAAAGAUCCGGGAAGUGGUGAAAUAAGAAGGAAGGAGUAUGUUUGUUUUAAACAAGGAAAAUCUUCAAGAAUCACGGAUGUUGGAAAUAAAAGACGUCGAGAAAGCUUAGCAGAGGAUUGUCAUGCCAAAAUUGCAGUUUUAAAAUCAAACUCCAAAAAAUUCAUUGUUACUGUUUUUAAUGAGGAGCACAGCCACCCUCUAUCAACACCAUCAAAGGUUCAUCUUUUAAGGUCCCACCGUAACGUUUCAGCCGCAACAAAGUCUUUAAGUCAACAGUUCUCCAUGGUGAAUAUACCUCAGCAUCAACAAUUUAGUUUUCUUGGAGUACAAUCUGGAGGCAUAGAAAAUAUUGGGUGCACUCAAAGAGAUUUGUAUAAUCAUGAAAGGGAUAUACGGGCUGAUUUGAAGGGGCAUGAUGGUGAAAUGUUUUAUGAAUAUUUAAAAUUAGAACAAGGAAAGAAUCCCGCAUUUACUUUUCAAAUUGAGGCCGAUGAGGAACAAAAGAUUACUCGUUGUUUUUGGUCCGAUGCAACUUCAAGGCGGGCUUACAAUUUUUUCGGUGAUGUUGUAAUCUUUGAUACCACUUAUAACACUAAUCGAUAUGGCCUAAUAUUUGCACCAAUAAUGGGGGUUAACAAUCAUGGUCAGACAAUCCUUUUUGCUUGUGGAUUUUUAAAUCAUGAGAGCGUUGAUGAUUUUGUAUGGUUAUUUAAUCAGUUUUUGGCAAGUAUGCCUGGUGGUGCCCCGAAGAUGAUUAUUACCGAUCAAGAUCCAGCUAUGACUAAGGCAUUCCCUCUUGUUCUUCCAAAUACUUUUCACAGGUAUUGUAGUUGGUAUAUAUUAAUGAAGUUUUCUGAGAAAAUUGAUGCAGCGAAGUAUAGUAUUUAUAAGAGUGAGUUUUCAGCUUGCAUUUGGAAAUCAGAGACUCCUGAAGAAUUUGAUUUACAAUGGGAAAGUCUGAUUAAGAAGAGUGGGUUAGAAGGAAAUAAAUGGUUGCAAGACCAAUAUGAAUUUCGGUCAAGAUGGAUCCCAGCAUAUGUUAAUCACGUAUUCUCAGCUGACAUGUCAAGUAGUCAACGAGCAGAAAGUGGACAUGCAUUUUUCAAGAAAUUUGUUUCGAAGAAUAAUUCAUUGGUGGAUUUCAUGAUUCAGUUUGGUAGGGGACUAGUGCGCCAACGUCACGAGGAGUUGAUGGCCGAUCACAAAGAUGUAAUUGAGAAACCUAAACUUAGAAUAAAUCAUGACUUUUUGGAGCAAAUGGUUGAUAUUUACACAAAUGAGAUGUACUAUAAGUUUGAGGCUGAAGUGUGUGACAGCUUUAACUACAAGUUGUAA